AUGACCAACGACAAGGCUGCACCCGCCUUCAUGGACCUCCCGCUCGAGGUGCGACACUCCAUUUUCGAUCAUGUGGCCGCGCGCGACGUCAAGCCUAAGAAGCUGCUCCGCUACUGGUUCGAGAAGAAAGAGGUCAAGGAACUCAUUGCCCAGGACGCCAUUCACAACCCCAACGGUCCCACCCCGCGCGUCGUAUACGCCAACGACUACGAUGAUCACGAUGACGAGAGUGCUGUAAGCGACUACAACAGUGAGGAGGAGGAUCAAGAAGAGAACGAGGAUGCUGCAGAGGACAGCGAAAACGAGGACGAAGACGAAGACGAAGAUGGAAAUGAGGACGAAGGAGCAGAGCAGGAAGAUGGCAAUGGUGAGGAUGAAGCUGAAGAUGAGUCUGAGUCUGACUUGGACGGCGAAGAUGAGGACGAUGAGGUAGAAGAAGCUGUCGCCGGCGCGCACGAUACCCAGUCGGCAACUGCUAGCGUCCACGUUCCAGCCCAAGCUACGGCUCAAGUUGACCCCGACCACCACUCCGAAGAUGGGAUGGCAGAGGAAGAACCUGGACAAGGACAUGCCGGUGAGGGCGACAGCGAGGAUGAGGGCGACAACGGCGAAGAGACUGAGGGCGCGCAGCUACACAAUGACGAAGAGGCCGAAGGCGAUAGCGAUAGCGACGAAGAUCUGGCUGAUGACGGCGGCAACGCUGCUGCUACAGUCGUUGCGGCUCAGCCUCCUCCUCCCCCAGCACCCGUAUUCCGACCCCAUAACAAGUGGCGCCACAUACCGAACUUCAUGCGCAUCACUCACUGUCCUCCGCCGGUCCAGCUCCUGCUGGCCUCCCGCCAGCUGAACAACGAGGCAAAGAACUGGUUCUACGAUGUAGCUGCUUUCAGCCAGAUCACCGACGCUGCCUUUUCUCCUAUGGAGAACAUUCGAAAGGUUAAUAUAACUUUCGUUUGGGAUUCAGCCUGGAUCCGCGCCGACACUACCGACUCCAUCGAGGCCAUCUUCCCUGCCCUUCUUCGCCAGCGCUCCAAUUUCGUAUUCGAGAUCCUGUUGAAGGCGCCAGACUUGCGAGAGGUCGUCAUUCAUUGGCACGACUCCAUUCAAGACGACGAGAGCGCUAACCUCAUGCUCGACAAUCUUGCACCCUUCCAUACAUUGGGCCCUACCGUCAACAUCAUCGAGCACUACAUCGCGGCGGACGCCAAGCCCAAAAAGCGUAGUAUCGCUGGCAAGCGUCGCGUCGAGUUCCAAAACAUACUUGACAUGGGUCUUGAUCGGCUCUUCUAA